GAACCCGCAUCCUCAUGUAUACCACUCAGGUUCUUAACCUGCUGAGCCAGGAAUGGAACUCCUUUCUUCAAUUUUUAAAGAGCCAUUUAUAUUUCCUCUUCUUGUUAAAGCCCUGGCAGGAAUCAAAUGUUCUUUUAAUGUGCCUACUGCUUUGGAUGGUGUUUGUCAUACAGCUGAGGCUCACAAAGCUAUGACAACCAAUUUGUAGACUGAGUAAUCCAGUGGUAACUGUUUACAUCCUUGCAAGAAUAAUUAAGCCACUAAAACCUAAUGAUUGUUUACCACUUUAGAAUUCACAAAGAAUAUACUGGUACAUUUGAACUUCACAACUCCUGUGUGUUAUUUUCAGCAUUUUACCAUGUGGGGCAAAGUCUGGAGUAACUGAGGUCUGACAGUGAUAAAUGGUGAAAAUCAGCUCCACCCUAGAAACAGAGGAAUUCAAUUUUCCUGAAGAGAGCAACUAAAACAAAGAAAUUUCGUCUUCCUGUCCACGAGAGGGCGAAAGGGCAGGAAUGACGCGUUGGCUGGACUACACUUCCCAGAAGACCUCUGCGAUACCGCCCCCUCUCCUUUGCUCAGCGGCCGAGGACUGCAGGUCCCAGAGUGCCGUUCUCCUUAGACUUCCGUCUCCGGUCGAGCCAAGCUCGGAAUGGCCGUAGGCUCUCCGGUGUGAGUUGGCUGUGGAGUUGUACACUUCAUUGCCAGGAUAUGGGCGCCGGCAGGUCCUCAAACAAGAUUCCGCUUUCUUAGGGUGGUAACGGCGUUCUCGGGCUGGGGAGGGACGGUGGGAAAAGCGGAGCCGCUCUGAGCCAUGCUAAUGAAUCGUGGGUCAGCCUGUGAAGAGGCCCGGCUUUGCGGGGGUGCGCUAGGAACCUUCGUCGGCGUAUGCGUGUGUUACAGGCCGGGAACUACAUUUCCCAGCAUCCUCGCGGCACCAGAACUACCUUGCCCGAAAACCCGAGCGCGCUUCUGACAGCCUUUACCCCUUCCCGCCUACCGGAAGACUGAGGACAUGUGGAGCCGCAGGGUUUGGCUGCUCCUGCGUUCUGAAGGCAGCGGGCGCCGCUGGGAUUCAGCUCCCCGCAGGCGUUUCCCGUCAGCCCUACGGAGAGACUUCUUAACCACUGCAACCAAGGAAGGAUAUGAUAUGAGGCGAGUGGACAUAACUCCUUUAGAACAAAGGAAAUUAACUUUUGAUACCCAUGCAUUGGUUCAGAACUUGGAAACUCAUGGAUUUGACAAAGCACAAGCAGAAACAAUUGUAUCAGUAUUAACCACAUUAUCAAAUGUCAGCCUGGAUACUCUCUAUAAGGAGAUGGUCACUCAAGCUCAACAGGAAAUAACAGUACAACAACUAAUGGCUCAUUUGGACUCCAUCAGAAAAGACAUGGUCAUCCUAGAAAAAAGUGAAUUUGCAAAUCUACGAGCAGAGAACCAGAAAAUGAAAAUUGAAUUAGAACAAGUUAAGCAACAACUGAUGAAUGAAACUAGUCGAAUCAGAGCAGAUAAUAAACUGGAUAUCAACCUAGAAAGGAGCAGAGUAAUAGACAUGUUUACAGAUCAAGAAAAGAAACUUAUGGAAGCAUCCACAGAGUUUACCAAAAAUGAUACCAAAACCAGAGGUAUUAUUUCAGAGACCAGUAACAAAAUUGACAUUGAAAUUGCUUCUUUAAAAACGCUGAUGGAAUCUAACAAGCUUGAGACAAUUCGUUACCUUGCAGCCUCAGUGUUUACUUGCCUGGCAAUAGCAUUGGGAUUUUAUAGACUCUGGAAAUAACAGGGAACGUUCUAUAUUAUGCUCCUACUCCUGCUGCUGCUGACCUCUUCGAACACUGCCAGGAUGGAUUUACUUUGAACACCGAAAGUGCAGUAUAAACUUAAUACAAGAUUACUUAAAGUACAUAUGGACUAAAAGGAAACGUUUUAGAAUGGGAAGGUAUAUUUUUUCUGUUGUUUUAUAUGUCUUUAUUUUAUGUUGAAAACAUGCCAUUCAAAACCAGAUUGAUUUGAAAUAGAAGGGCUUUUUCUCUUUAUCCUCUUGAUAGCUCAUCGAAAUUGAACCAGUGUUUUUCUUGUGUUCACAGGAACAACUGUAAAUUAUACAGGCUUUGGUAUCUGCUGCAAAUUUGAAAACUAUUCCCAAGCCUAUAUACUUGUUAUUGUAUUCACCUUUUCUGAUAACUAUUGCAGUUACCUUUUUAUAUAAAAUAUUAUUAUAACAAAGUUAUUUGGAUUUUUAAAAGCAACUUACCGCAUAGCUGGAGUUGGAUUUUUUUUUUUUUUUUUGGUAAUGAACUGAAACAGUAAUUUUAAAAUACAUAAUCUAGGACAAGUAUAUGACACUCAGUAUGAAAGCUGUAGAGUUGCCAACUCUUGAACUUCAUUACAUAUAUUUAAAAUUUUUUUGGAGUUCCCAUCAUGGCAUAGUAGAAAUGAAUCUGACUGGGAACCAUAAGGUUGCAGUUCGAUCCCUGGCCUCGCUCAGUGGGUUAAGAAUCUGGCAUUGUCGUGAGCUGUGGUGUAGGUUGCAGACACGGCUUGGAUCCUGCAUGGCUGUGGCUGUGGCAUAGGCCAGCGGGGCUGCAGCUCUGAUUAGACCCCUAGCCUGGGAACCUCCAUAUGCUGCGGGUGCGGCCCUAAAAAGGACAAAAAGACAAAAAACAAUUUUUUUUAUAUAGAAACCGUUUAUCCAUGCUUUUCAAGCACCCAUCUUAAAUUUAUACAUAAAACAAAGCUUUUUAAAAUUCAGCUUAUGUCUAUUGAUAUAAAAUCCCUACUCAAGAAAAUCAUAGGGAAUUUCGUAUUUUGUGUUGUUGUUACUAGUUCUACUUUUUGUCUUGGAUAAUAGCAUCUAUUAAUAGUAUAUAUGUAAUUUCAAGGAAAGUACAAAACAUUUUUAUCUCAGACCUUCAGUUUUGUCCAAAUUAAGAGUCCAAGACCAAAAAGUGCUAAUCAUUGAAAAGAUUUCAUAAUCUAUUAUUAGAUACUCAAUGAUCCCUAUCACUUAUUUAUAAAUGGGGAAUCUGAAGUGUACAGCAUCAAAAGAUGGCCCAGCAAGGGAGAACCAGAGGCUUUCCAACUAAAUUUUCUUCAAAGAUCUAACUCCUGAAUUGUUUUCAAAACCAACUCUGUAUUUUAACAUUAUCUAGUUGCAUUCUGAUUCAUUUUUAUAUCGGAAUCCUCUGGUGUAAGAAAAUUCGUGCCACACAUGUAGAUUAGUUUACUUUGGAUUAAUAAAGACCAUAUAGGUUCCUUUAUAACAAAUUCUGCAUUUGUUCACUCAGUAAGAAUUCCUGCUAUGAGCCAGACCACCUGCUCGUCCCCAUGUGUACAGAGUGAAAAUGGCUUCUUUCUCAUGGAAUUGGCAGUCUUAGAAGGAGAAGAUAGACAGUAAACAAGUAAAUUAUUCAUUUGUUACAAUUUAAAAUAGGCUAAAAUAUCGAGAGGGAAUACUUCUUUCCUCUAUGUGAAGGGAAGCUCCAGUAGUGUAACAUUGUAAUCUUCCUUCAGCCGCCCUGCCCUAGGUGAUUAAGUGAGGUGAGAGGAGAAACAAGGCCCCAGUAGCCCCACCAUUUCUCCCCAUUCCUGUUUGGAAUCCACCUGUCUACAGAGAGCAUUCAUUCUGCUCUCUGCUCCUGUAGGGUCAAGCUCAGCCUCUGCAAGGUGAGGCCUGCUCUAGUACAGUGAUGCUUGGGACAAGGUGAGUAAGUCUGUCCAGUAAGUGUGUGGGUUCAGUGAUAGGUUUACUGUAUUGAUGAUAUUAGCCAUAUUCUCCAAUAUCAGUUUUAUUGGUAAAUAAAGGUAUUAUUUAGGUCUUUAUAUCAGUUCAUUUGUUUUGAGUUUAUUUUUAUAUGUGGUUUUAGAGAAUGUUGUAAUUUCAUUCUUUUAUAUGUAGCUGUCCAGUUUUCCCAGCACUACUUACUGAAGAGACAGUCUUUUUCUCCAUUGUAUAUUCUUGCUUCCUUUAUUGAAAAUUUAUUGACCAUAAAUAUGUGAGUUUA